UGUCAUUAUCAAAAAUGGCUAUCAAAUGAAGAGAUGCUUUGUGUUAUCCAGAAGUUUAUUUUUUGAUGAAUAAAUUCAAAAUAAGUUCCAAAUCUUCCAGUGCAAUAGUAAAACUCAUAAAUUAGUUUAUCGUUUAGUGUACUAAUAGAGAAAACAGUGAUAAAAAUCGAACUUAUAUCAUUAGUGUAAAAGUGCAAUUCGUGCCAUUAGUAUUAUAAAACAACAAUAGCGGAUUACAGCGGAGGCGUAGAUUUUUUUUUCUUCUUUCAAGUCCAAAUAAAACCUUCGCAACAAAACAAACGUAAAAAGGAAAAUGUUUUUCUGAAUCUGAAUAGUCAAAUCCAUUCAAAAAAUGAAUCAACCCAGUCACCACUCAGCGAUGCCACUGAUAUCGAUAUUCCUUUACGCAAACAACGAAUACCAGGAAUAUCCAGUCGACAAUGACACUUGCUGCGAGGUCCUUUGCCAACGAAUAUGCCAAGACUUGGAAAUGAAACCCCUGGUGUGCACAUUAUUUGCUUUGCGUACCAGCGAUACACCGUACUUUGUUCCAGGAUGCAGGCACCUGUUGCCGAAUACAAAAUACGACUUUAGAAUAAGAUAUCAGGUUAAGGACUUGCCCACACUGAAGAGUCUGGACAAGAAUGCAUACAAUUAUUUCUAUCAUCAAGUCAAAUGGGAUCUAAUAAAUGAAAAGAUUCCCGAUCUAGUUUAUCCAAAUCAUAAAGAGAAAGUACUCGGAUUAAUAGUCACCAAUAUGUACAUCGAAAUGUUGGAAUUUAACAAAUCUGUGGUCGAAUUGAAAAAGAAUUACAAGAAAUACGUUCCGGAAAAGUAUGUGAAAAAACAUUCGUUUAUCAUCAAGCAGCGGAUUGCCGAACAACUGGAACAAAUCAAACAUAAACACGAUGCGUACUACGUAAAAACUGCCUACUUACUAUCAAUUACAACAAACGCGCCAAACUAUUUCGUAGAAAAAUGUGCAGCCAUUGCAUCAUAUUUACCUGAAGAUGGACUGGAGCGGGGUACGUGCCCCAUCGAUCUCGAAUUUGCGCCACAUCAUCCGACACGACCGGGUCUGAGCGCUUACUAUUCGUACAAGAAAGUGUGGAAACACAUCUCGAAAAUCGAAGACUUCUUGGCCAUUGUCGUUGACAACGAUACGGUCACAUUUGGUAUGCGAUCGACGAACGUAGGCUUUUCGGUUACAAUUACGGACAAAGCGAGAUUAGAAUCGUUUGUUACCUGCGUGACCGGAUAUUAUCGAUUAAUGGCAACGUGGACGAUUGAUUUGUGUCAGUCGUUUAAAUCGCCACUAUUGCAAGAGCUGCGUGAACUCAAAUGUCACGGACCCAUCGGAGGCGAAUUCUCAUACUUUAAGUUGCAGGAAAAGCAAAGCUUAGCUGGUUCGUACAUCAUUCGACAAUGCGAAAAGAUGUACGGUGUAUACUACAUUGACAUUAUAACCAAAUCUGUUCACCCGGAAACGUUCAAAAUUGUCAAACAGAAACUCUUCGGAAAUGUUACAUGGGAUCUGCACUCACAAAACGAUGUAAAGCCAUUUAGCAGUUUACCAGAGCUGGCGAAGAGCAUCAAAACGGAAUCGGCGAAUAAAUUGAGAUUAGCACCGUCAGACUACGAUAAGGCUCCGUCGCUGCUGCUAUGUCUUCCGGAAAGUCAAUUAACUGUAAUAAAAUCGGCUAGUGUUGACAUCGAAAUGGAAUUGAGGCAAAAAUUGCCGCAAAUUAUCGAUCCAGCGCUUGAGCUUCGUAAAUAUAUUCACACGGAGAAAAUUAUUGAAAAUGGCAUCAUCAAACGAAUGCGAGCUGAUUGGUUGUUACCGAACAACACCAAACUGGAAGUCACAUUGAAGAUAUUGAAUUCGAGGGACCAUUUAAAUGAUUUUAUGAACCUGGCCUAUAAGUGGAGUAAACUGCAAUCGACUGAACUGAUUAAGAUGUACGGAUUUACGUUGUCAUCGCCGUACACAAUGGUCAUUGAAUCGACGCGACUGGGGCCAUUGGACGAAUUUUUAGCGGACAAUCGAUCUAUUUCCAUUGUCUGUCUUAUCGAUGCAGCGUUUUCAUUAGCUAGGGCUUUGUAUUUUUUGCAAGAGAACAAUACAAUUCACGGAAAAAUCCGAUGUAGCUCGUUACAUGUAGUACAAUUUAACGGAACGUCGCUGGUCGUACGAUUAGGCGAUCCCGGAUUUCAUCACUCAUACACCAAAGCUGAUUUUCCCUGGAUACCGGUAGAAUAUUACGCAACUCCUCAACGAGUGACAACCGAUUUUAAAGCAGAAAUUUUCUCCUAUGCCACAACCGUAUGGGAAAUCUUUUCGAAAGGAGUGAAGCCGCCAUUACAAAACAGCCUAGCAUCGCGGCGACGAUUACCCCAACCAAAAAGUUGUCCGAUUGAUAUUUACGAAAUAAUGCUUUCUGGGUGGGAUGUACCUGAACGACGAUUUUCAUCGCCACAACAUGUCUUUUCGACGUUGAUUAGUACGCGUGAACGAAAUCAAAAAGUUUACGAACGUAUCGAGCCGUUGAUUUUGAACGGUGAACGAGACCAUGUGUCGACCAGCUCUAACGGCAGUAUAAUGUCAGCGACGACUGAAGCCUAUAUCGGUUCAAUCUCAGAUCAAACGCUGUUAAAAUCGGAGGGGAACAUUUCGAACCUCAGCAGCGAGAACGAUCACUCGAGCAUUAAUUCGAACAAUUCGGUGACGGACGAAAAUUCAUGGUCGCAGGACGAGAGUGACUUUAACUCGGUGGAAAACCAAAAAGAAUUGAUUACGCUUUUGAGUCCGGACAGUGACGAUGACUACGAGAAAGCACGAAAAGUCAUUGAACUUGAUCAUGGUGCACGGCUGAUUUAUCACGACAACAACUACAUUGGAAAGGGUCAAUACGGCACUGUGUACAGGGGCAUCAUGGAGUACGGUGAAGAUCGUGUCAUAGAAGUGGCCAUUAAAACACUGAAUCAAUGUCCAACGAAAAAUGAUUUCAAAGAUUUUCAGCGGGAAAUUUCCGUGAUGAAGCGACUAGACCAUCAGAACAUCGUCAAAAUCAUAACAUCAACGGACAUACCUCACAUAGCGAUCAUAAUGCAAUAUGUAAAGCACGGAUCAUUUCUCAAAUAUUUGAGUUCCAGUAGUCCGUCGUUGACCGUGCACGGUCUCUUAAAAUUUGCCAAAGACAUUGCUUCAGGGAUGGAGUACUUAGCUGGAAAGAAAAUCGUUCAUCGUGAUCUGGCGGCACGCAACGUUUUGAUUGACAGUGAUGAGCAUGUGAAGAUCUCCGAUUUUGGAUUGUCGCAGUUUGUCAACGAGAAGGGCUACUACAUAACGCAAAAUCGACGAUUCAUUCCGUAUAAGUGGUACGCUCCCGAAACAUUGAUUCGAGAAAAAUAUUCAUUUCAAUCGGACGUGUGGUCGUACGGCGUUACAUUAUUCGAGAUGUUUUCCAAAGGCAAGGAGCCCAAUUUGGAACCGAAUUCUGUGGCAAAAUUGGACGAUUUCAUUCAACUUCUGGUGAAAGGAAAACGACUUCCGCAACCGGAACUGUGUCCGGAUAAUAUUUACAAUUCACUGUUGAUGGCUUGCUGGGCAGCCGAUACAGAGAAACGGCCCACAUUUCGACGAAUUUUAGAAUUGCUGAAUGAAUUCAUUGCCGAAUACGGAGAGGUGGUCUGAGCGGUUCAAAUUUCAUCCAAGCCAUACACACACAGACAACGAAAAGCCUGUGACUUGAACUUUGUGAUUUAAUGAAAUUGGAAGACAAUUUCAUUUUGCUGUGGACUACGAUGCGAAUCUGUGCGCCACAUUUUAUGAACAAUUUUUCUUCUUGUUGGAAAGCGAUCUCGCUUUUCUCAAUGGAAAUUGUAACCAGUGUCUAGACUGAAACGAUUUUGUGAAUUGCUUAACGGGCGAAAUUGUGCAAAUUAUUUCUCUAGUGUAAGUGAACAAAAAUUCAGAACAAAUGGUGCGAAGACGAAAUGUGAUCGGGCCGCUGUAUGUUAAAAGUAAAAUUUUAUUUUAUUUCGAAAUUUGAUCUUUAUUUUCGAUGGUUGUUGACCACAAACCGAUAAAAUAUGAAAUUGAUGUUUAGAUGUGAAUGUGACCGUAAUAUAGUCACGCUCCGUAUACUCUCACAGUGAGAGUCUCACUUCAGUCCUAGGCAUAAGUUUCUAUAUUUGGACUAUGUUAUUGUCACGUUACAAUCGAUUAAGUUUUACAAAAGACGAAAGCUCCUUUAAAAUGCUAAACCCAAUUCCAUUUGUUGCGAUUUGCCUUGUGAAUCAUUAUGUUAACAAUGGGCAUGCAGGAAUUGUGUUAAAGACUCACCAAACUCUUUUCCUACCUUUUGCAUUGCACUUAAUGUUUAAUUCUCUCUAUCUCACUGCCGCAUGUUUAUCAAUUUUAGAUGUAACGUAUCAAAGUGGAUGUUUGUUGUUGUUGAAUCACUUCACUAAAAUUGACAAAUUUUCUUUUUGCGUAUUCAAAUCGGUAUUCAAUUAUAAUUCAACAUUUAUGCAGAGUUGGCGAGUGUGGUUUUGUAGCUGAAUGAAUGUAAGCGUUCGAAGUCAUUCGAGUAAAAAAUUUUUGUAAUGGAAUCAUCUCAGAGUUCGUAGACUGCUGUCAGUACAUUCAUU